AUGGAGCCAAACACGCCUGAGCCUCAAUGCGACAGUCAAAGCGACCAGGGCGAGUCAUACGGGGAGCAGCUAUUUAAAUACACAUUCGAUGAAGGGCGACAAGAACCCCGUUUUCUCAUUUUCCGAGGCCUCCAACUCAUGAAUAUCUUCAAUAUGCAAAACGACCUGGCAAAGCUAAAACACGACAUCAUGACAGCAAAGUCCGCAGAAUCGCACCAAACUGAAUCCCUCACCAAAGUCAUGCACAACUACAGUACCUCCACACCCAAUUCCAAUCACAUCCUCCGCAUACAAAUUAAUACUAAUCACCUCAGCUCAGCAAAUGCAAUCCGCGACUAUGAGUACUUAACCCGUCUUACUCCCAUCACCGGCUCUCAAGCCCGCCGCGGCCGUCUUGAUCUGGAACGCGUCUUCGGAGACGAUUCUUACCAGUUCAUCGACGAAGGCUCCGGCUACCGCCGUUUCGCUGACGGUUCCCUCCUCCCCAGCGAUAACCUUCGGGAAAUACUGAAGCGCCAUCUCCCCCGCUCAGUAAGCUACACGAAAUAUGACAUUCGUAAUCGCACCGACGAAUAUUUCAGCAACGAACCACCUGAGCAGAUAUCUCCGUUCGUGGAUAGACUAGCAAGGUUUUUGGUGGCAUUUCUAGGGGGCGCGAUGUUGGUUGUGCCGAUGAUGAUUAUGCGGUUGCCAGAGGUUACGGUUGUAAAGAGCUUAGUAACGGUGAGUAUCUCAGUUUUGGCGUUUGCGGGAGCAUUGUCUGUUUUCUUCAAGGCGAGUAAUACGGAUACAAUGGUGGCUACGGCGACAUAUGCGGCGGUUUUGGUGGUUUUCAUAGGGGUUUCGGGGUAA